AGCGAGGCAAGACCCCAACUUGCGCUAGCAUUCCUGGCCCAUCCUGGGCGAAGCUUAUGCUAUUCGCUUGUUUCCGCUUUCGUUUCCACCAAAGAGUGCCCAUUUACUUGACACCUGCUAUACGAGUGACUAAGAGACAACGCCGUACUGUCCUACUCGAAUAUACAGUAAGAUCAACCAAGAUCGAGCAGCAUACCAUUUAGACUGUAUCAAGCUAUGUACCUACCUACCUACCUUAUCCAGAUUCCAAUGCUACAGGGUUGGACGAUGGGUGGUACCGCCCGGGGAGUGCGUAAGCCUUUUCCGGACUAGUUCUGGGGGUGAUGGCGCUUUGGAUAUUGUACAUCUUGUGUUUUUCUCCCAAACUUGUACAGAGACACCGGCCCGAAACCCGUCAUCACCAAAAUUGCAAAACCGGGGCGCUUGUCCGAAAGUGAUGCAGGUAUGUUUGCCGUAUUUUCCAUGACCACAACCAGAAUAUUUGACUAUUGCUCCAACGGUCCGACGUGCCAAGAGAUCAUAGUAUAAAUGGAGACCCCUCCCACAUACUCAAUGACUAGAUUCAGAAUCGUGAAACUCACGGCCUUGCUCAGUUCUGCUUGACUGCCUCCACACGAUUUCUCCUCUGACAUUCCAUCACGGAACUCUUCCUUCUUCACACCCUCAAGACAACAUGAUUCGCAAGAUCACAACUCUGGCGGCCCUAGUAGGUGUGGUCAGGGGCCAGGCAGCUUGCAGCCUCACAGCCGAGACUCAUCCGUCUCUUACCUGGCAAAAGUGCAGCUCCGGCGGCUCCUGCACCAACGUGGCUGGCUCCGUCACCAUUGAUGCCAACUGGCGUUGGACGCACACUACGAGUGGCUACACGAACUGCUACACGGGUAACAAGUGGGAUACCUCUAUCUGCUCUACCAACGCCGACUGCGCUUCCAAGUGCUGUGUCGAUGGAGCCAACUACCAGCAGACCUACGGUGCUUCCACCAGCGGCAACGCCCUUUCUCUGCAGUACGUGACUCAGAGCUCUGGCAAGAACAUCGGUUCCCGUCUGUACCUCCUAGAGUCGGAGAACAAGUACCAGAUUUUCAACCUGCUUGGUAAUGAAUUCACCUUUGACGUGGAUGCCUCGAAGCUCGGCUGCGGACUUAAUGGAGCUGUUUACUUUGUCUCUAUGGACGCAGAUGGCGGUCAAAGCAAGUACAGCGGCAACAAGGCCGGUGCAAAGUACGGAACUGGCUACUGCGACUCGCAAUGCCCGCGUGAUCUGAAAUACAUCAACGGUGCUGCCAAUAUCGAGGGCUGGCAGUCGUCCACUGGUGAUGCCAACUCGGGCGUCGGCAACGUGGGCUCAUGCUGCGCCGAGAUGGACAUUUGGGAGGCCAACAGCAUCUCGGCUGCCUACACCCCUCACCCCUGCUCCAACAACGCCCAGCACUCGUGCCAGGGUGACGAUUGUGGAGGAACUUACUCCUCGACUAGGUACGCAGGCGACUGUGACCCGGAUGGAUGCGACUUCAACUCCUACCGCCAAGGGAACCGCACGUUCUACGGCCCAGGAUCCAACUUCAACGUGGACUCAUCCAAGAAAGUCACUGUUGUCACGCAGUUUAUCUCCUCGGGCGGCCAGCUCACCGACAUCAAGCGCUUCUACGUCCAGAACGGCAAGGUCAUCCCCAACUCGCAGUCGACCGUCACGGGUGUUACCGGCAACUCGAUCACCCAAGAUUAUUGCGACAAGCAAAAGACGGCGUUUGGCGACCAGAACGUCUUCAACCAGCGCGGUGGGCUCCGCCAGAUGGGCGACGCCCUGGCCAAGGGCAUGGUGCUCGUCAUGUCCGUCUGGGACGACCACAACUCCAACAUGCUGUGGCUAGACUCGACCUACCCCACCACCUCGACCGCGCCGGGUGCAGCGAGGGGAUCCUGCUCGACCACAAGCGGCAAGCCAGCUGACGUCCAGUCGCAGAACCCCGGUGCCACGGUUGUUUACAGCAACAUCAAGUUUGGACCGAUCGGCUCGACCUUCCAGGCCUCGUAGAUUUGCUUUGCAGUGUCUGUUUGGGGAGGGUAAAUACUUUACCAUGUAGCAUUUUGAUGCUGUUAAGAGCUGUUGUGGAUGAGCUGAUUUUGAUUCUUGUAAAUAUUCUCUUCAGCACUCAAAUUAAAAAAAAAAGGAUCUGAUCCCGAA